AUGCACGGAUUGGCGUACGAAUCCGACGAGGAUCGACGAGGAGUUCUCAGGCGACAGCGGCUGGAUCCCCUGGUUCUGCGGCAUCAGGGGCCACGAGGCUCUUGCCGAGGUGGAGGAGGAGAGUACAUCAGGGACAACUUCAAUCUCUAUGGGCUUCGCCAGCUGAUCCAGUACUACCCGCACGCGCUCGAGAUGAUCCUCUCCAACGAGGCGCCAGACGAGGACGACCUGGCUGACGGUGAGUUCCUGGAAAUUUACAGGGACGCCACAGUCCUCUAUGGGCUCAUCCACGCGAGGUUCAUAGUGUCUCCCCGCGGCCUUCAGGUCAUGAGGGAGAAGUACCUCCAGGGCGUGUUCGGCACCUGCCCGCGGGUGUACUGCGAGCGGCAGCACGUCCUGCCCAUCGGCACCUCGGAGGACGUUCGUGUGUCUCAGGUGAAGAUGUUCUGCCCACUUUGCGAGCAGGUGUACUCGCCCAUGAGCAAGUUCAAGGAGCUGGACGGCGCGUACUUUGGGACCUCCUUCCCACAGGUGUUCUUGCAGACCUAUGCCUCGCUGGUGCCCCUGGAGCCGCCACGCUCCUUCGUCGCUCGCGUGCACGGCUUCAAGAUGCACAGGCAGAAGUCCUUGAUCGCUAGGAGAUUGCGUGAACAGGCCGCGUCGUCCCAGAGCGCGGGGACGAGGCCCGCGGACAAGCUGAAGGACGCACAGCAGUCGCAGGACUUGAUCACGGCCGAGCUCCGGCGGGCGCCGCUGGCCCCGGCGAGCUGCAGGUGGAGUGAGCGCGCGGCCGGCGCUUUCCUUCCACGGGGGGGCAUCCUCCGGGAGUCCGUUCCAGCGAAGGGGGUCGGUGGAUGGCAGAAGAGGAGGAGGAGAGGAGUGGAGGUAGGGGCAGGGCAUGCAUCUCCUUCGGGCCCUGCGCUCCCAGCUGCCCGCCCUGGGCCGCUCUUCACCGUGUGCGGACUCGGGCCGCCGCCAGACAAGUUGGCAGGCAGGCGGGGAGGCCUCCUCCCUCCUCAUCCCUCCCUCCGUUACCUUGCUUCUCUCCUCUCAUCACCCCUCCUCCAUCUCCAGCCGUUAGCCCGCGGCCAUCAGGGAUAG